AGACAAAAGAUAAAUUAAAUAUGGGAGAUGAUGGUAUAGACUAUAAUAUAGUUUUUCCAGAGGCAGUUGUUUCAGAAAAGUAUUGGCACGGAUCAAAGGAACCAGUUGUCAUACUUCUAGGCUGGGCUGGCUGUAAAGACAGACAUCUUGCAAAAUACAGCUCAAUUUACACGGAACAGGGAUGUGUUACCUUGCGCUACACGGCUCCGCUGAAAACAGUAUUCAUAUCUGAGUCGUUUGGGUACAAGGAACUCCGAAGCACAGCUCACAAGUUGCUUGAGAUACUCUACGACUAUGAAGUGGAAAACAAUCCCAUCUUCUUCCACGUGUUCAGCAACGGUGGUUUCAUGCUCUACCGCUACAUGGUGGAGCUCUUACAGACUCACACACAGUUUAGCAGCCUGUGUGUAAUGGGAACAGUAGUUGACAGUGCCCCUGGUAAUCAAAAUGUUCGAGGGGCACUCCGAGCUCUCCAAACUACCCUGGGGCCCAAUGUCAAUGUGCUACUGCUCUACUUUCUUCUGUCUCUGUUUGCUGUGAUGGUGGUUCUCCUUAGAGUCGUCCUGUAUCCCAUGACCAAGUACUUCCACAAAAACCACUAUGAUGCGAUGAUGGAUCACCCAGCCAUGUGGUCUCAAGUGUACCUCUACUCCAGGGCAGACAGAGUCAUCAGACACAGGGAUGUGGAGAAGAUGGUUAGGGCUUUACGUGAGAAGGGCAUAUCUGUGGAGAGCUUCGAUUUCAUCACUCCCGCCCAUGUCAGCUUGUUCCGUGACUGUCCGGAGGACUACUCCAACAGGUGCCGAACUUUCCUGUCUAGCUGCAUGGCCAGUAUGGAGGGGACCAGCAUGAAGAAACGAUUCUCUGUACAGCACUGACAGGAUCUUCAGUAUACUCUUAAACAUGAGAUGCACCUGUUGUAUGAUGACACCAUUGUACUCAGACGUGUACAUAUAACUGUAUUGAUAAAGGGAAAUUGUACUACUGUUUGAUUGAUUUCAAUUUGAUUAGCUGAUUUGAUACAGAAAGUCAACAGUGUUUUAACACUUGAAUGUUGAAGUUGAAAAUUCUGAACUACG